GUUCGCGCCUAGCUGCCACGGCGGACGCUAUUUGUCCAAUUUGUCAUUUGACGUGUUUGACGUUAGUGCCUUUGGUUUGUUAGAGUUAUUUUUUGGUUAUCUUUAACCCGUAAAUCAUGUCUUACGGCGGUUGGGAAGUUGUUGGCAAAAACAAGAAGGACAAAUCUAAUGGAAAACCAGCGAAAUUGACAAAAGCUGAGAAGAAAAAGUUUAUGGAAAACGCGCCGAAACUUGAGGAUUUUUUGCCGUUAGAUGAAGUAAAGACACUAUAUAAUACCUUGGAUAACAACAAGGAGAAUAAGAAACCAGUAAAGGAAAAAGAGAGUAAGACUAAAGAAAAUGAAGAGAAGAAGAAACAACAAAAGCAAAAACAGCAACAACAACAACAAGCAGAAAAAAAGAAAGCAGAAUCAAAGGAAAAACCUCCGAAAUCUAUUGAAGGAGCCUUAAAUGCAAUCUCAAUUGAAGAACUCAAAAGUAUUUUGGCGACUAAUCAGGUUCGAUUUCCUGAAGCACCUCUGGUGUGGCUGAAGGAUAUUUUGGCAUAUUUAUGUGUGAAAAUUCCAAUAGACACAAAUGACCCAGUAUUUGGAAAUAAACCAGCCGCCUACCCUCUCAGUGUAGUUCCUAACACAAUUCGGUCCAUAUUGGAGAGUGCCACUAAAGAAGCAGGGAGCAAGGCUGUCCAAAUUUUUUAUGAAAUUACACUCACAGCGAUGACGAAUAAUAUGGUUAAAGGAACACCUGUUGUUGGUCAUAAAAUAUUUUUACAAUUCUUGGCAUAUCAACAUCCUGAAACUGUGAUUUCUAAUAUCCCAAAAUUAGUUAUGCUGAAAAACUCUUAUCAGAACAGAAAGCCGAUUGGUUUGUCUUUACUUUGGGCAUUGGCACAAGGGGGACAAAAAAAUUUAACAAUUGGUCUGAAAAUUUGGCAUGAAGUAAUGGCAUCUAUGCUGGAAAUGAAAAAUUAUGCUAGCUAUGUGGUACAAAUUUUGGAGAGAUUCAUUUCUCUACACAGCACAUCAACAAACUUGAGUUCUGAUUUAUAUCUCAAUAUCAUGGAUGAUGUAUACAGUGGCAGAUAUAAUAUACCAGCCAGUGUCGAGAAGGAACUUGGUGGCUCUGUGACCAAAUUGAGGACGAUGAUAUUUAAAAAUAAAGACACAAGGCACCAACCGUUGUUUCAAGCUUUGAUGAAGAGAUUAACAUAUGCUGCACCAGAAAAUUACAAAGCUGAAAUUAUAAAUGCACUUGUGGCGAGCUUAAGCACUGAUAUACAGUGUUACAGUGCGUGGAGAUCGAACUACACAAAGUACUUGUAUCAAUCAAGUCUGCUGCUCAAGCAUCUUAAUGACAACUGGACACAUAUACAACCAUCUCUAAGAGUAAAUCUUCUUCGUGAAACAGUUUUGACCUUUAUUGCAACAAACGAAGAGUUAGGAAAGGCUAAGAAGAAAGAGGAACAUCUUAAUGCAUGUGUAAAGGAAUGCAAGAUUUUGCUGGAGAAGAUGACCGUUUCAAAGAGCUGGUUUCCAUGGAAAAAGGGAAGCGUACUACUGCUGGUCGUAAUUGGUGCCAUCCUGGCGUAUGAUACUCAGAAGCAUGGCUCAUUCAAAGCUUCAAAUACGAACAGGUUUUUGACAGAGAGUGGUGUCUCAGCUUAUGGAGAACAUGCAUGGAGCAGAGUCAGACUUUAUUCUUCUAAAAGUCUUGAAUUUGUCGAAGCCAGUGCUCCAGAGUAUUACAAAGCUAUUACCGAAUUUUCAACGCCUUAUGUUAAAUUAGCUGGAGAUUUGUGCCUUAUAACAAAGAAUGCUUCUCUCAAAGUAUAUAAUAAUAUUGUAUUAUAUGCGCAUCAGAAAGGACCUCUCAUUGCAGCAAGCAUCAACCAUUACGCACCAGGGCUUUUGGAGAGUAUGCAGAAACAAAGUAUUCAAGCCAUAGAAGUCAUCAAAACUUAUUCUGCGCUAGCCAGUGAUCAAGCUAAUAUCCUUGUCGGCCACCUGAACUCUGAAAACUUGCGAAAAUACACAUCACAGGCAAUCAACACAACCCAAACGUUUGCCAGUCAAACUUACAACUGGGUGUAUGAAAAGGUCCAAACAUUGUCCAAGGUUCAUUGAAUUUUGAACCUAGAAUAUAUUGCCUGUUAAAAAUUCCAUUUGUAAUACCAUUUCGCGAGUCGAAAUGUGGUAUUCCGCAGCAUUUAUGUUUGGAUGGGCAACACAAAAAUACACAUGAUUUAAAAAGCUGACGGCAUAAGCAAUUUUAAUCUAAGAUCUCUGUAAUCUAAGAGAAGUUUUGUGUUACCUUUUCAUGGUUGUAAUUGAACUAAUAUAAGGUGUGCCAAAAGAAUUUGCUAUUGGGAGUAUUCAAUAAUUCCAACUGGCAUGUGAAUUCAAGUAGAAUCGAAGAAAAUGUGCUGAAUAAUGGAUAGUCGUGGUACACCUUAUUCAUGGUGUUUGAAGAUCAGCUUGAAGAUAUGUAACCCAAGUGAUUUUAUAAUUGUAAAACACCUGAUGAAUCUACACGCUAUGGUUCGAAUAAAGAUGAAAAGAUGCUGCAUGAGAAGGCAAGAAAUAGACAAGUACAUGGUUAUAGUUGAAACGGAAUUUAAAGAAACACUCGUAUCCGUUUUGAAUUGGUACAUUUUGUUCCGUUUUCCAAUCUCAGUCUUGGUAGAAACAUAACUGGGAUUAUUUUUUUUACCAUCGUGUUACAACUUUAAUGAUGCAUAAAAUUCGUCUAUAGGUAGAUAAUCCUUGUCGAAGAAAUGAAAAGGAAUCAAUUAUCAUCAAUGAAAAAGCGCAUUUAAUAGACUUACAAGUAUUUUUGAUUGUAUGGAUUAAUUUUUCUACCCGUUUCAGGUUAUUCUAAAUAUUAUGAUGUAUUUCCUUUUUUAAAUUAAUUUGUCUCGUUUUUCCUAUUUUACAAUUUUUUUUACGAACUAAGCUGUACGAGUUGAUUGAUGUUUAUAUAAUUGCAUAUUAUUGUAGAAUGGUGUAAAAAGUUGUACAAUAAUGAAUAAGUAACAUCGUACGAGAGUGGUGCGUAAAAAAUAUAAUUAUUUAAAUUAAUAA